GAGAGAUUGAAAAGUAGCUAUUCAUCUCGAUCAACGAAGAGUUGGUUACUUGCAGGCAGGCAAGAGCGCCAGAGAGGAUGGGAACCAGAGAUCUAGAACGACUCAUUCCAAUGACAGGAGUUGUUGAUAAUGGAGACUCUGUUUCGUCUGCCACCGCCCUUUCACCCAUCGCUUCUUUAUCUCACCAAGCUUCUACGGGCAGAGAGGCAUUCUCAAAAGUCAUUCGUAGCUGGGCCUCAAAAAAGUUCAUGACUGGAUGUGUCAUUUUGUUUCCUAUAGCUAUCACAUUCUACACCACUUGGUGGUUUAUUCAUUUUGUGGAUGGAGUCUUCUCUCCAAUUUAUACUCAUCUUGGCAUCAAUGUCUUUGGUGCUGGAUUCAUGACAUCUAUCACUUUUAUCUUCGUGGUUGGUGUAUUCAUGUCCUCAUGGUUGGGAGCUUCUGUUCUUAAUUUGGGAGAAUGGUUUAUCAAGAAAAUGCCCCUGGUUAGCUAUAUUUACACUGCUUCAAAACAAAUAAGUGCAGCAAUAUCACCAGAUCAGAACUCACAAGCUUUCAAGGAAGUUGCUAUUGUAAGGCAUCCACGAAUCGGGGAAUAUGCAAUUGGCUUCAUCACAUCUACUCUUAUUCUCCGGGGAAGUUCGGGUGCGGAGGAGCUCUGCUGUGUUUUUGUGCCCUCCAACCACCUUUAUAUUGGAGAUAUCGUUCUCAUCAGCUCAAAUGACAUUCUUAGGCCUAAUCUCUCAGUUCGAGAAGCAGUUGAAAUCGUCAUCUCUGGUGGCAUGUCAAUACCACCGGUAAUAACUACCCUGGACGCACAAACUGUUCGUCCAGCAGGAUUUGGAAAAUAUGCUGUGCCACAUGUUUAA